GGGUAUAUGUAACAACCCUGCUUAUACUGGCUAUGUGCCAAACAUGAUUGAAACUCAUGAAUACUAAUCAUCUUAUGACUGCGGAAUUGAACGGAACAUGACCGCGAACAUGAGCAUGGUAAAGUCCUUGUACAUUGUCAGUCUUGUAGUUGUACGUUGUAUAAUAGCGCAUAACAGGACGGAGGUGAUAUCAUAAACAAAUACGUACCCUAGAUUAACACUGCCACUGUACAUCUUUGUAAUAUGUACUACGUCUGACUAUAUACUUUGAUGAAGACGUGGUUAUUCGUUCUUCUCGAUAACUGAAAAAACACAUCAGUGAUCUGACUGAUCUCCUUUAAGUUUCUGGAGAAACCCAUCACAACCCUAUAUGAUGAAUGACCAAGACAGCGCCCUCUUAAGAAGGUCCAAGGAUGCAGCUGGAGCUAAGAUCGAAGGAACCGCUGCAGCUUUGAAUGAACUUAGUAACGACAUCUGGACGCAUCCUGAGUUAGACUUUGAGGAACACCAUUGCCACGCUAGCCUGACAAACUUCCUAGAAAAGGAAGGAUUCGAGGUAACACGGAGCUUCCAUCUGGACACGGCAUUCAAGGCUACUUACGGUACCGAUGGUGGUGUCCAUGUUUGUGUGAUCUGUGAGUACGAUGCUCUACCUGAUAUAGACCAUGCCUGUGGUCAUCCUCUGAUCGCCGAGUCAGGAGCUGCCGCAGGUUUAGGGAUCAAAGCUGCACUCGAGCUGCCCGAUGCGCCGAAAGGAAGGGUGACGGUCAUGGGUACCCCUGCCGAAGAGCACGGUGGCGGGAAGAUUAAGCUCAUCAAUGCAGGAGCCUUCCAAGGAAUCGAUUUUGCUAUGAUGGUUCAUCCCUACCCUCGUAAUGUAUCCAGACCGGUCAUUCUGGCUUGCACAACCAUGGAUGUUACUUUCACUGGUCGGGCAGCACACGCGUCAUCAUGUCCAUGGGAAGGAGUGAAUGCUUUGGACGCUGUGGUCUUGUGCUAUGCAAACAUCUCCGCAAUGAGACAGCAUCUUAAACCUGAGUGGAGAGUCCAUGGCACCAUUUUGAAAGCCGGCAAGACCCCCAGUAUUAUCCCGGAGGAAUCGCAGAUGACAUUCUACCUAAGAACAGUCGAUAGCAGUGACAUGCCUACACUUAAAGACAAAAUUGGCGGAUGUGUAAAAGGAGCUGCUACGGCAACCGGCUGCAAGGUAGAGUACACUUUUGGAAAGGACUACGCCAAUUUAGUCACGAACGAGGCACUAGCGUCAGUGUACGAGAGUCAGCUGUCGGAACUCUCCGUCGAUUACGCUACCAGUGAAGUGACGUUCUCUACGGAUAUGGGUGACGUUUCUUACGUUGUACCAAGUAUACAUCCUUUGUAUUACAUCGGUACUGACGCAGCUAACCACUCGAGGGAAUUCAAUGCUGCAACUGGAGCCGCAGCGGCACAGAAACCGACCCUCGCCCAGGCCAAGGCCAUGGCGUUCACGUGUCUGGAGCUGAUGCAGCCCGGCAACAGGCAUCUUCUAGACAAAGUGAAGGAGGAAUUCAACGACAAAGUAGGCCCAUCUCCUCCAAAAUAGAGAGUUUUCGGUUCUGGAUAGGCCGGGUCCGUUCCAGAGAGAGUCGCAAUUGAUAAUUACUUGAUGUUGAAGCAAGCAGAAUUUGGAAUUACAUUGUCGACUCGAGUGUAAUAUAUCGCAUUGUGGACUGCUGUAUCAUAUAUCAAAAUGCAUUUAAACGCACCUCUUUUUUCGCUGUGGGUCCUGGAAGACUAUUAGUCUUAUAAAACUAGAAAAGCCAGUCAAAUACCAUUGUAUAAAGCUCAAACCUAACUAAUUUCACGGACAUCAGUACAUGUACAUGGUUUUUGUUUCUUGUCCCCCCCAAAAAAAAAAAAAAAAAAGAGCGACGCAUUCCCUUAAUGCUCUUUUUCGAAAUACAUGAAGACGGAUGAGUGCCGUUGAUGUUCUCCCAGAUGUUCCUUUCAUGUGGAUUUGCAUUGUUCUCCAAGCAACAUACCAUCCUCCUAGUUGCCAUCCUUGGUGGCCGCUUCACAUCACAAAACUCUUAGAAAUGGCGCAGUCACAUUUCCCGUACGGUGAGUCGAAAACAGCUGUUUUUUUAUUUUUAUUCAAACCACCUCUGUGUAGCUGGUCCAAAAAUGUAAAAAUGGCUGUUCAGUUUAGACUCACCGUACAGCCGCCGUAAGGGAAAUGUGACUGCGCCAUAAGGGACGCUUGGCCUGCGACAUGUUUUUGUGCUAAAUGAUGUACAUAUCACCUAAGUCGUACGUAAAGCCAUGCCUAACUUUUGAACAGCUAUGCUAAACAACUCUUCCUGUAUAAAAGACAUUUUCACCUUUUCCCAAUAUUUGUUUCCAUUUUUCGUUCAGAGAUGAAUGAUAGGGCCAAAAUACUAAGAUUUGAUUAUAAUACAUGCUUUCAAAUUAUGGUAUAACAAAAAAAUUAGGGGGGUGGGGCGAGUGAAGAAGCAUAUCCUUAAGUAUAGCAAUUUAAGUGACUCGUUGUUAUAGGCGAUGUAUAUGUCUGUCUGUGAUAAACGUGCGUGUGAGAGUUGUAAUGACUUACUCCUGGGGACAUUUCCUACAUGUGCAGCUUGAACCAGAUAAACAUGCCAAAUUUAUUUCUCAUCUCAUGUCAAACCGUCUUAUAUCCCCAUUAACCCAAUUAAACUCAAGUUGUGUGUGGAGGGCGGUAGGAAGCGUACACGGUUAGCGUACUCGGCUCUCAAAAAUAAGCUGGAUAGUGCACUAAUAUAUAUUUUUUAAAUGAGACCACAAACACACGUCCCCAUUCUAUCGAUUAAUGAUAAGUGAGUCCCCGAUUUACAAAUUACGAUACUGUGUGUGCCUGUGGGUGUGAGAGUGGGUGAUGGUGUGUUGGCUUAGAUGGAAGAUAAAACAAAAUCAUAUAAGUACAUGUAUUCUCAUAAUAUACAAGUCAUGCUCGGUUUCACAAUGCGAGAUCAUAAGGAAUGUAUUUAUUUAAGAUUUUUUUUUACCACAUUUACAAAACAG